AUGUAUUUCCAUCAGGAGAGAAACAGACUGACAUAACAUAGUUACUAUGACCAUCUAAUUUGGCUUUUUAUUAUCCUCUUUAGACAUCCCAUAGACGAAUAGAGUUAUCAUUACUACCAGAAGCUAAUGUAUUUCCAUCAGGAGAGAAACAGACUGACAUUAGCCAAUGAUCAUAACCAUCUAAUUUGGCUUGUUAUUAUCCUGUUUUGAUAUCCCAUAGACGGAUAGACUUAUCAUAACUACCAGAAGCUAAUACAUUUCCAUUAGGAAAGAAACAGACAGAUAAGAGACCAUCACUAUGACCAUCUAAUUUGGCUUUUUAUUAUCCUCUUUAGACAUCCCAUAGACGAAUAGAGUUAUCAUUACUACCAGAUGCUAAUGUGUUUCCAUCAGGAGAGAAACAGACUGA